AUGCACACGGUUGGCCGCAUGCGCAUGUCCAAACACGACUGCACGCUUAGCACUUUUCAGCGUGAAGCCGUCCUUGAAGCCUUUCUUGGAUCGACAUGUAGACGAUGCAGACAUCUCCUCCAACGGUCAAGAAUGCAACGCCUGGAGCGCAUGGAGAGGCGCGAGCUCAUCUCACAGCUCAAGCGCCGAUCCCCAAAAGUUGAGAAGGAAGGUCUGGCAGAGAAGUUGCUGUUCCCGAACGGGACAUUGACGAGCAACAUGCAGGACAUCAUGCUGGGAAUCUCUGGUUUCAAAGAUGCAGGGGCGUGGUAUGCUGCCAUCCGUAUCCUUGCGAUCAUGGACAUGGAAGAGCUGGAAGUGGACAUGCCCCUCGUGAACUGCGUGAUAUCAGCCUGCAAGAAUCGUGGCCACGAGCUGGCCCGGAAGAUUGUGUCAAACUUUGUGGCAUCUGCUCUCCAGCCAGACUCGAAUACGUUUCGUUGCGGUGCUCUGUGCUGCACAGAGGACCAGUGGGCCAAUGCUCUUCAGUGGUUGGGUGAAGCCAAGAAAGCGGAAGUCUCCUUGGCCGGAGUUUACACGGCUGUGAUGAGCGUAGCUCGGAGAGCACGGUGCUGGCAUGUGGCGCUCCCCAUGCUGGAAGACAUGCAGCACUCGCAGGAGGCGCCGGACCGAAAGUUCUUCAAUUCGGCCCUUUGGUCCUGCAGUCGAGGACAUUGGGAGGUUUCAGUUCAGUUGCUGCAUCGCAUGGCAUCCGCCGGAGUGCCCAGCGAGCCGUUUACCUACUUUGCUGCUGCGCAGGAGCAUCCUGAUCAAUCCACGGCUUCCUGCAUGGUGCAGCAGCUGCGGCGCAUGCGCCAGCAUUCGUUGCAAGUUGACAUCUGCCAAUUUGCCAAAAUGUUGGCCCACUAUGCAACUGACGCCGAAUGGCCUGCUUUGAGGGAAGCGGUGCACGAAGAUGGAGGCUUCUUGCUGCCAUUGAGACGACGCUUGAUGCACACCUUUGCCGAAGAUAUCAGCUGGUACCAAGCGCAUGCGCGUGCCAGCAAGGAGUUGACCAGGCAGUGGCUGGAUUCGUUCCCGGAGACGCAGUACGAGAACUGGAGGAGACUGCGAAAGAAGCUGAAGAAGCUUCGUCGCCCCGAUCCGUUGGACUAUUCUGACAUGGGUGCCCAUGCCGGAUACAUCCGAAACAAAGUCUUCGAGAAAGACCGCUGUGCCCAAGUUGCCUGUGUGCUCUUCGGGCCGGAGGCCGUCACGCAUAGCCUCGCAGAGAAGGAGUCGUGCAUUGUGGUGGACAUUGGUGGAGGUCCAGGGAUAGCAGCACUAGGAAUUGCUGUCUAUGCAGGGCUGGAAGGAUGGCCGGUGCACCUGGAGCAUCAUGUCGUGGACUGCGAGAAUGCUUGGUCCGAGACGAUUCUGCGGCUUCAAGCAGUGCUACAGCUCUGGCAUUCUGAAGCUGACAGGCCGCGGACGGACCUGUACUUCCAUCAAGGCCAGCUGCUGAGCAAGAGGUUGGUGACCGGAGUGCCAUCUCCUGAAGACACCGACGUCUUCGUUUUUUCUUAUGUAUUACACGAGAGUGUGGAAGCUCUCCGGUCAAGCGACUUCGGGCUGCUGUCAACUUUGCUCCAGGCGGCGCGGCCGGGUGCCAUCUUCCUUUUCCUUGACGUCGAAGAUACGCUCUGGUCCGAAAUUGCUGCCCUGGCAGCUUCCCUCGGGAGGUUUAUGGUGCAGCUGCAGCAAUUUCGGAAAGACGACUACUGGCUGGUACUGCAAAAUGCAUGCUGCUUGCGGGCACGGGUUGCAGGGAAUGCCUUCUUUAAUCGAGGCCUUGGAAUGGGCAAGGCAGGCGCCAAGGCAGAGCCGAAGAAAGAUGCAGAAAAGGGGAAGGCAGGCAGUCAGAAGGAUGGCAAGUCCACAAAGACUGACCCAAAGGUUGAGACCAAGGAAGCCAACAAGGCUGCCGAAAAAGCAGACGAUCCGAAAGCAAAGUUGGCGGAGGAAGCCAGACAGAAGUAUGCAGACGACGAGCGGGAUGAAUUGGCUCGGGUCGAACUGCGCAAGCUUAAUCGAGCAGCGAAGGCUUCGGGCUCACAGAUGACAGGGAACAGAGACAAGAGCAUCGCACGUGUCACGCGAUUCCAGAACAGGUUGAAGCUUUUUAAGGGCGAAGUCGAGGUCGACGCCGUCAUGAAAGACAUUGAUGGUGUGGACGCGUCCAAGUAUGUGUCAGAGCUAACAGAGUGCAUCCUGGAAGCCGCUGGCAACUCUUUGAAGCUCAAGGAGUUGAGCUCUGUCAGCAAAAUCUGCAGCAAGCUCCAUGCGACAUACGAAGAGUUCGGCACUCUGCUGGGCAGAGGCCUCCUCAAGGCCUUCGGCUCCACGCCCGCAUCAGAGCUUAACCGGAGACGGUUUCUGCUUCGAAUGUGUGCGGAACUGUCCCUCAUAGAGUGCGUACAAGCACCGAAGCCGCCACUAGUGGAGAUGUUUACGGAGUUGUGCGAUAUCUCUGUUCCAGAGGAACAGCUUGUGACGAACUUCACCAUCAUCUCCUCGCUCGCGCAGAAGCACGCAGUCAGCUGUUUCAACAUCGUCCCGACGAAGCAGCAAGCCUAUGCAGAGGUGUUGGGAAAGGACUGGCCGGAACGGCAAUGUGUCUUGGAAGAGGCAUCUCGCAGCAAGCUUCAGCAACUUGCCGUAAAUGCAUAUCAGUCAGCUGCCGGGGGUCUCCUCAGAAGUGCUCACGGCAGAUUGCUAGAGCAGGAAAAGACAAACCAAGCCCUGCGCGUGGACAAGGGCCAGGUGGAUGCUGAAAACGAGCAGAAGCAUACCCAGCUAAAGGAGGCUUUGCAGAAGAUAGAGUCGACGCUCACGACCUUGUCUGACUUCCUGAGCCAGCCAAUGCCAACCACUGUGGAAGAAGAGGAGCCCAAUGUGUCACGCGUUGGAGCUGGUGAGAACGCGAAGGAAGAAGCGCCAGAAGAAGAAGAGGUCUUAAUCUUCGAGGAUUCAGAACAGCGAAAAUUCUACGAAGACGUGGUCGACUUGAAGGAUAUCAUCCCCGCGGUGUUGCUGACCUCUGGCAAGGCAGCUCAGGAUACUGGGGGCGAUGACAAGGAAACCAAGCAGGAGAAGCCACCAGAAGAAAAAGAAAAGAAGGAUCUGUCAGCAGCUUCAGACUUUGACUUGUACCUAAUGCGUGUGGCCAAAGCCGAAUCAGCAAAGCAGGUGGAUGACAUCGUGAUUGAAUUCUUCCAUGACUUUAACACGAAGUCGAAUCGGCAGCGCCUGGCAGCACACUUCUACAAUGCGCACAGGACAAAGCAGCUGCACUUGCUUGCUCCCUACGCCCGGAUGGCCGCCAUGAUGGGGCAGUACAUCAAGGACAUACCUCAGCAGCUGAUGUCUUGGCUGCAGCACGACCUCGAGCAGGUCAUAGGGGAUGCGAAUCAGAAUUUGCUGGAGCAGAAGGUCAAAGUCGUCAAGUACUUGUGCGAGCUGUGCAAGUUCAAGAUAUGUCCUCCGGGCGUUGUGCUCGAUGUCUUCAAGACCCUUUGUGACGAUUUCAACCAGCAGAAUGCUGAAUUGUGCGCUAACCUGCUACAGUCCUGUGGCCGGUACCUGUUGUACAAGCCUGAGACAGCGAUGAGAACAGACAACUUGUUGGAGCGCAUGGCUCGCCUCGCAAAGGCGAAGUCUUUGCCCCUCAGGUUGGAGAUCAUGCUAGAAGAUGCUUUCUACCAGGUCAAGCCGCCGGAAGGCAAACGAAAGCAGAAGAAAGAGAAGGAUCCCUUGGAGCAGUUUGUAGAGCAUCUGAUCUUCGACCGCCUCUACAAAGAGGAGGACGAGGAUCAACUGCUCAAGCUUGCACGCAAGCUACCAUGGGAUGGUCCAGCUGUGGGAUGGCUGAAGAAAUGUUUGCUGGACUUAAACCAUCACGCCAAUUACGAGAAUUUGUCUUGUGUGGCCUCUCUUUUGAGUGGCCUGGCCAAGUACCGUGAUGCCUUCGUGAUAGACGUAAUCGAUUCCCUCUUGGAAAACAUCCAGGUGACCUUGGAGAGGAAUGACUUUCGAGAGAUGCCCUUAAGAGUUCGACAAGUGAAGCUCGUGGGUGAGCUGUACAACUACAGAUUGGUCGAUUCUGUCCUGGUUUUUGACUGCUUGUACCAGUUCAUCGGUUUCGGGGGGCCGACAUCGAAUCGAGCUGGACAAUUCAUCACAGCACAUAAGCUGGUGGAGAAGGGCUUGGUGAUGAGGAAGGGUGGUCUCGGAAGCAUCUCCGAAGAAGCGGAGGACAAUGAAGAUGGCGGACAGCUCCCAGAGAUACUUGCAGAUCCACAGCAUCCUCUGGAGGCCCCCUGGGACUUCUUCAGGAUUAAAUUGGUCUGUGUUCUGCUUGAGACCUGUGGGCAUUACUUCGAUCGCGGGGCUUCCAAGCAGAAGCUCGAUCGCUUCUUGACCUUCUUCAUACGCUAUGUCCACAGCAAGGGCGAGCUGCCGCAGCGCUUCAUGAACAUGGUCUACGACACCUUGGAGAGGCUCAGGCCCAAGCUGACCUAUCCAGAACUAAAGGCAGACGCGAACGAGGCAGUGAUGCGACAACUUGACAAGGAGAAGGACGAUGUCGAUGUUGGAGGUGGGAACGCAGAAGAUCAGGAUGAUGACGAGGAUGAGGAGGACGAGAGCUCAGAUGAGGACGAAAGCGAAUCUGACGACGGCGAGGAAUCGUCGGAAGAGGAGUCUGAAGAGGAAGAUGACAGCGAGUCUGAUGAUGACGAAGCUGAGUACGACCGAGGAGAUCAUGAACAGCAGCAUGCUGCCGAGGAUGACUUCGACAAGGAGGUUCAGCAGCUGCUGAUCGAAUCCUUAGAGAAGGAGAGGAAUGCCCCUCGCGUACUGUCUGAGCUGCCGCCUCCGACGGUCAUUGCAAGAAAAACCGAGCAGCUUGCGGAGUCGCCACUUGGCCAGUUCAGCCUCUUACAAAAGAAGACAGGUGGCAAGAUCUUGGCGAAGCAGCUGAGCAUCCCAGAUGACUCGAAAUUACUGAGAGCACGGCAAGAGACUGUGGAAGAAGCUUCGCGCGAGCGUGAAGAUCUCAAGAGGUUUGUCAUGCAGUACGAGGAGACUGGAGCAGGUGAUGCGUCAGGUUCCGUUAUCCCAAUUACGGUACGCACAAGGGCCGGGAAGGGUGGCCGCAAAGGCGGCUCACGGACGCGUGAUGGCGACUACCUCAAGGAAGAGCUGACUCCUGAAGAGUCCCGGGCAGAGCCAUCCGGCACCAUGAUGGGAGGGGGAAUCGUUGUCCGCUACGCCAGCAAGGGCAAAGGGAAGGCAAGCAGCAAGGGCAAAAGUAAAGGCUCAGCACCGGUGCGGCUUGCUGCGCGUGGUACGCCAAGUGAUGCACCGAAGCAAGAGCUGUGA